AUGGCCACUGUCCAGAUCAGCACCAACGGCGUCGGCGUGGCGCUGCACGCCCGCAUCAGCGUGCCGGGGAAUGCGCUCGCGCAGGCCAUUGACCCCAAGCUCCCGACCAUCCUCUUCUGCCAUCCGACCUGGCUCGACUCGUUCUUCUUCUACCCCCAGAUCGAGGACCCCCUCUUCUCGCAGCACUACAACCUCGUCGCGUUCGACCUCCGCGGGCACGGCGGCACGCAGGUGUCGGGCCGCGACGAGGCGUACUCGGUCGACACGGCGGCGCAGGACGUGGCGGCAGGUUUGGACGCCCUCGGAGUCAAGGACGUCCAUGUCGUCGGCGCAGGCUUCGGCUCGCUCGUGGCCGCCGCGCUCGCUGCCGCACGGCCAGCGCUCGUGCAGGGGCUGGUGCUGAUCGCGCUCCCGCCGGCACGUGACAGCGAGGAGACGGCACUGGCGUUCCGCGAGUGUGAAGAGUCGCUCGUCCAAGCGGUUGCGAAGCGCGACCUCGAGCUUCUCGACAUGAUCACGACCGCGACGUUUGAAUACGACGCUGGCGCGCUCCCCCGUGCCGUCCUCGAAAUCCGUGACGAGUACGUCGCGCUCGCGCGCGCACACUUCGCCACCGCGACCGAGCAAGAGGCCGCCGAUGCAGCGUGGUACAUCUGGCACCCGGUGCGUGCGCGUGCUCCCCCGAGCGCCGAGACGCUAGGGCGUAUCAAGGCGCCAGUGCUUCUUCUCCAGGGCGUCGGCACCACCGACUCGUUCGCUGAGGACGCCGAGAACUGGUGCACAGAGUUCAACUUUGCCCAAGUUAGCCAGGGGCACAGCGCGCGCGCCAACGUCACGCUCAUCCAGCAUGUCGACCACUACAUGACGCUCACGAGUCCGAACAUUGUCAACCCUGUGAUCGCAAAGUUCAUCGGCACACCUCUGAGCGCCGGCCUGCCCCCUCUCCCGAGCCCGGGCAUCCACAUCACCGGGCGCUCGGGCAAGGCGCGGCGGCCGAGCACGCCGCGCGGGCUGACGUUUGACAUCCCGCCGCCGCCGCGCGUGAUCCCUGGCAUGCGGACGAUCGGGGACGAGCUCGACCGGCUGGCAGUCGACACGAUCGUGACGGGCGUGUCGGACUAG